AUGAAAUUAGAAAUGGCUGAUAUUGAUAGUGAAGGAGCCCCUAUUGAAAUAAUUGCAAUUAAUAAAAUUAAUAAUUAUAUUUUUGACAUGAUUGAUGGAUUAGAACAUAAUACUACUCUAUUUUCUAUUUUUUAUGUUAAACUUAAUGAAGCUACUCUUAAUAGUGUUGGCAACAAUGUUAGAAUAAUGGCAAAACUGAUCAUCGAUGAAAUUAAAGAAGGAAACGAUUUUAAAUGGAUCGCUACAACUGUGUCAAACAUUUCAUCAUAUUUUGAAGGCGUUAGUAAUGCAUACUUUGUAUGUUCUCAAAGUACUGAGAUAAAAUCUGAAUAUAAAGACUCGAAUUGCAAAAAAAUCGAUCAUUUCAAUUAUAGUAGCAAAUUAACAAUUAAUGUUGAUAUUCUAGUUGCAAAAGUCAAAGUAAGACUGCGGCAUGAGUUAGUACAUGAAAGACCUAUCGAUAUUGCAACACAUCCAGAAGUAAAGCAAGAAAUUAUAGAAAACCUAAAUAUGGAUUCAGUAUACUUACAAACUCAUCUUUGA